UUCUGAAUAAUUGGAUUUCAAUAUUCUGAUAAAAUAUAAUAUAAAAGAAUAAUUUCUUUGUCCAUAUUUGUACAGCCCUAUAUUGUAGUAUAUCGUAUCGUUGCCCCUGUAUCGUGAUGCGUAUUGUAUCGCCACACCCCUAAUUGUGUCACUCUCCCCGUGUUUUACAGAACAACAGGACAGUAUGGCCACCACCGUUGCUGUCAGUCCAAGUGAAUACCUACAACCUUCCACAAGUCCUACACAACUUGAAGAUGAAACACACGGACCACAAACAGCUACAAAAGCUUCACAGGACCCUCAGCCCUCCCCUUUGGCUCUCCUGGCUGCCACCUGUAGUAAAAUCGGCCCCCCUGCUGCUCAGGCACCUGUUAGUACCCCUGUGCCACCCCAGCCUCGCAGACUCCUUCCCAUAAAGCCAGCUCCCAUUGCCCCAGCUCCUCCAAAAAACCUGGGGUUUUUGUCACCAAAGGGCAAUGUCAUCCUGGGCCCUGCGCCCCACGGCAACCCCAUUGUCCUCACCAUCCAGGCCAGCCCGGCUCGCACCAACACCGCAGCUCCGGCAAACAUCCAGUACCAGAUGGUGCCGCAGAUCCAAGGUACUCAAACAAUCCAGGUAAUGCCACAGGGCGGUCAGAUCCAGCUCAUACCGGGCACCAACCAAGCCAUCAUCACCACGCCAAUGACCGUUCCUGUUCCUGCUGCUGCCACAGCUCCCAUCACUCCCCCCAAGACUGUGACCAUCAAGCCCUCCCCCAAGUCUCGCAAACCAAACAAUUCCACCGCAAACAUUGUGCAGCUGCCCAGUGGCUGCCUCACACUCCCGCUGAAUGUAGCGACUGGAGAAGUGGGCGGGACUCAGAUCAUCACAGAGACGGCUGCCGCCACAUCCUCCAACUCUGGGAAAGGUAAACGUGGAAGGAAGAAGAAAGUCGUUCUGAGUACACUGCCUCAACUCCCGCCUCCCGCACAGGCCGCUUCGCCGCCGCCAGAACAGAUGGAAACCUACCUGAUAGACACGGGAGACAACAUCAUACAGGCUGGCAACAACCUCCUGAUCGUACAAAGUCCUGGUCAGCCAGCAGUGGUGCAACAGGUCCAGUUGAUGCCACCCAAACAGGACUCCCAGGUGGUUCAGAUCCCACAACAAGCGCUCAAGGUGGUGCAGGCCGCUUCCGCCACGCUGCCUCCUGUCCCGCAGAGACAGUCGGCUCCUUCAAAUCUGCAGGUCACCACAUCAGAGCAGUCACCGACGCAGCUUUUCUUCAAAUCGGGACUGGGUGAGUGGUCGGCAGUUCUGCUUCAGGACUCGGUCUCCUCGACCACGACUGCAACCACGACGAGUGCCAGCAUCACAACUUCUCCUCCGACUGUUACCAAAAAGACACCCACGGGAGGAAAAAAAGAAAGGACUCUGGCAAAAAUUGCUCCUGCAGGCGGGAUGAUAACUCUGAACACGUCGCAGCUGCCGACCCCAGCCCAGGGAGUGCAGACCAUCAGCAUCAAUGGUGUCCAAGUUCAGGGAGUACCUGUAACCAUCACAAAUGCAGGGGGCCAGCAGCACCUGACAGUACAGACCAUGCACGGCGGCGGGCUACAGCUCGCUGCAGCACAGGGCCAGCCCGCCAUUCAGGUGGACCAGGCCCUGACUCUGGAGCUGCCAAGUCAGCCUGGAGAGAAGAAGAGACGCAUGGCCUGCACCUGCCCCAACUGUAAAGACGCAGACAAGAGACCUGGGGAGGUGGGGAAGAGGAAACACAUCUGCCAUGUUCCCGGCUGCGAAAAGACAUUCAGGAAAACAUCUCUGCUCCGGGCUCACGUCCGAUUGCACACCGGCGAGCGGCCGUUUGUCUGCAACUGGGUUUUCUGCGGGAAGCGUUUCACGCGCAGCGACGAGUUGCAGCGGCACGCUCGGACGCACACAGGUGACAAACGCUUCGAGUGCAGCCAGUGUCAGAAACGCUUCAUGAGGAGCGAUCACCUGACGAAGCAUUAUAAGACUCACAUCAACACCAAGAACCUGUAAGAGAACCAAACGGUGGGUCUCGGACUGAGGACGGUGUUGGCUGAAGGAGUCUGAGCAGAAGGAGUGUCUGUGUCUUAUCCCAUAAUGGGAAGUACUCCAUGAAAAGGCCCGUGUUCCUUCUUACACUCGCUCUUCCAGGACAGUGUGGUGAUGUACAGGACAGAGAAAAAUCCCUCCUGGUGAACUCCAGUUCAUCCUGGGAAUUUAUUAAUAUUUUUGUUUUUUUGCCUGUUAUUCCAUCACAUAAAAUUAGAUGCCACAACCAGCUUGGACUGAACCCUCUUCGCCGUCACAUGACAAGGUUUAUUUAAAGAUUUCUCGUUUUAACCAAAAAUAACCAUAGACCAUAGAACCCACCCACAGAUUGACCAAAUUUACUUAUUUUCCCAAGUCCUUGGUCUCCUUGAAUUUGUUGGUAAAACAUGAGAAUCUCCCAACUAUAUACCAAUUAUUAAUAUUUUAUAAUGGGCACAUUUUUAUUGGUGUUUUAGUCACUAAAUUAUUAAAACUUUAUAGAGAGUUUCAUUUGAUUUAUUAUGACUGAUUUAACCUGAAUUAAAGUUCAAGUCCACACAUGUUAAAUGCUAAGACAGAAACUUCUAUUCCCUAUUAUAUAUAUAAUAUUUAUAUUAUAGUUUGCAUUAUAUAUUUCCUAAUUGAGUGAGAUAACUACAGAUUAUAUGAAAAUUCAUGUUUAAAAUGACAACGAUGUCACAGUUUGAGUUUUACAACACAAUAUUCUCUCUCUGUUGAAAAAUGCUGCAGAAAAACCUGUUUCCUGUGUGAAAUGGGAGCAGAACAGAGUUUAAUCUCCGAUGGAAAACCGAGAGUUUUGACAAAUGGGGUCCAAGAUGUUUUUCAAGGCCGUAGAUCAAAAUAGUGGAAAUGACACUGAUGAGAAAAGUCAUUCGUCUUUCAUCUUGUAGCAACAACUGGUUCUUGGAUGUUUACUUCGAUUAAAAGUUUUUGAUAUUUCUGUUCAGAUAAAUUAGUCACCUUCAUGUUAUGGUUUAAGCCCACACCUCUCCAGUGUCAGUUUUCUAUUGGUCUGCUUGUGUCGGACCACAUUUGUUUUAUCCUUAAAGUAAACUCUACUUCAUUGUUAACGAA